AUGACCGGAUUUCGUGCAGGAGGCCGGGUUCGCCGUAAAACGAAGCGUCUGUGGGGAAAGGUCGGCGUCAUCCAAGUUGUUCGCACGGGAUCUCGCCAGCGCAAGUACGACGUGCUCUGGGCGAAUGGUGUCGUUGAAACAGUAGCCGGAAGAGCUAUCGAGCUUGAUCUAAGCUCGAAUACAAGCGUACCGACUGAAAACCAACCCCCCGCCAGUGCUGAUGCCGGCUUCUCUACGUUCACUGAGCUGCUGAGUUCUUCCCAACUGGCGUAUGGCGGGGACCUCGACUCGUCGUCAUCCUCCGAGAGUGAAGAAGACAUGGGGGAAGACAGUGUCUCAGAGGAAAAUGAAGAAGAUGACGCAGUUCUCGUCAACUCUCGCGAGUGGAAGCCGUGCGCCUCGUUCGCCCCCAAGAUUCGUAUCAAUAUGGAUGUCGAAGCCGAGAACGCCCGCUUGAGGGAGGCGCUGCGCGCGCUGCAGGAGCGCUACGAUCACCUCGAUGCGUCCACCACCAAGCAGAUCCAAGACUUGACGGACGAGAACGAGCUGCUGGCCGAAGCCAACCGCCUGCUGCUCGAGAAGCAGGAGCAAAGCCCCGCGACCGCGACCGCCGACCCUAUAAGUCUGCUCCAAGUGCCCGACGAGCUGCUGCUGCCCGGCCCAGAGCUGGCAAUCCGCCCGCUAGCGGCUCUAGACAACGUGCACGCGUUCGGCAACUUGCUGAGCGUCAGCGCGCACGCCACGAGGCCCGAGAUCGUCAUCAGCGGAGGCGCGGACAAGUGCAUCUGCGUGCACGACUGGAAGACGGGCAGGAAGCUCUGCGCUGUGGCCACCAGCGCGCCCGUGCUGGAGCUGGCCUUUAACCCAAGGAGGGACUACGCCGACUGCUUUGUGGGGGCGGGCAUGGACGCGAAGCACGCGCUGUACAGGCUCGUGGAGGACGGGGACGAGUGGCGAGUGGACACUCUCUGCGAGUUCAGCGACCACACGAGGCAAGGAGCCUUCAAGGUGGCGUGGAGCGCGUCGGGGCUGCUCUUCGCCACGGGGUCGAGCGACAAGUCGCUCAAUAUCUACCAGUGCUCGCAGCUGGAGGACGGAGCGAACGUGCAGUGUGAGAAGAUCAAGUCCUUCUACUUCAACGGGACGGUCGAGGCAAUUGUGUUCGCCCCAGAGUCGAGUCAGGAGGAGAGGGAUCGUGAGUUGUUGGUGAUCGCGGUCCGAGACGACUGCUACGUCCAUUAUGUCGACUGCUCCACGUUCGAGAAGGAGAGAGUCAACAUGAACCCGGACGGCAUCGAGCACGUUUCGUACACGAUCAUGGACCUGAGUCUGUCUCCGAGUGGUAAAUACCUGCUGGCGGCCACGGACUCCAACCGAAACUUCAUCUUUUCUAUUAAACGGAACGUGGCGCUGAGGAAUUUUUACGGACACAAGGCUGGCCCGUACAGCCAGCCGCGUGCUGCCUGGCACCCGUCAGAGAAGUACGUCAUCUCCAACAACGAAGACAGUGGCGCCAUCUUUGUGUGGUCCGUCGCGUCGGAGCGAGUUGCCGAGACACUUGAUGCUCACGAGGCGCUAGUCCGAGACCUGGUCUGUCCGGCCACCACGGUAUCCUCUUCCGGCUCACCAAUGCUGGUUACCGUGUCCUACGACAAGCGCAUGAAGGUGUGGGAGUCGCCGCUCGCAAAAUCAGGCGCCGAAGUGUUGUAA